GUCCUCCAUACUGCAGUCUUGGCUGAGGCUCGGUGGAAGUCUCUUGUGGUUUCGUGUGCUUUGCUGUGACCUGUUGCUGAGAUCUGUGGGGAGAGCUGUGCGAGCUUGCAACCGGCGCCAUGGGAGGACAAUGAGAUCACUGGCUCAGGACAGACCUUAUGAAGGAAGGACAUUAAGACCUUAACAGGAUGCAGUGACUUUUAUGGAUGUGCAUGUGAACUUCUCUCAGGAAGAAUGGGCUUUGUUGGAUCCUUCUCAGAAGAGUCUCUACAAAGAUGUCAUGCUGGAAACCUACUGGAACCUUACUUGUAUAGGCUAUGAAUGGGAAGACCACAAUAGUGAAGAAUGUUGUCAAAGUUCUAGAAGACAUGGAAGGUAUUUCAACCGUCCUCGAUAUAGUACAUGUAAAGCAAAGGGCUAUGGAAAGAAGCAGUGCACCUCUCUCUUUCCCAGAGCAAUUAGAAGACAUGUAGACAUCCACACAAUAAGAAGACAUGGUGAAUGUGAUAUAAAUUUACAAGUAAAUGGUUUUCCAGUUUCAAUGGGAAUACAUCAAAAUACUCCCAUUGGAGAAAAGCCUUAUGAGUACAAGGAAUGUGUAAAAUCUUCUGUCUGUCCUGGUUUACUUUGCAUAUGUAGUGUGAUGUACACUAUAGGAAAAUGUUAUGAAUACAAUCAGUGUGGUAAAGAUCUCAGUUCUUUUUCUCUUCAAAGAUGUAAAAUAGCUCAUCUAGGAAAAGGAAGUGAUGAAUGUGAGCCAAGUAGUAAAAGCUUUAACCAUCACAGGUAUCUUAAAAUACAGAACACAACCUACAAUGAAGAGUAUCUCUGUGAUUGUAUUCAAUGUGAUAAAGCCUCUUUACAAUUACACCAAAGAACUAAUUGCAAAAUAACAUCCUAUGAAUAUAAUGAAGGACAUAAAGACAUUACAUUUCACAGUAAUCAUCACAUAUGUAGAAUGAAUACUAGAGAUACAAAGUAUGAAUAUCAUCAAUGUGGUAAAACCUUUGCAUGUCCUAGUUACCUUCAAAUACAUGAAAGAAUUCAUACUAGAAAGAAACCCUAUGAAUGUAAUCAGUGUGGUAAAAUUUUUGCAUAUAAAAGUCAUUUUCACAAGCAUCAAAGAACUCAUACUGGAGAGAAACCCUAUGAAUGUAAUCAAUGUGGUAAAGCCUUUUCAUGUAAUGGUAAUCUUCAAAUACACGAAAGAAUUCAUACAGGUCAGCAACCUUAUAAAUGUAAUCAAUGUGGUAAAGCCUUUGCGUAUAGCAAUAGUCUUCACAAGCAUGAAAGAACUCACACUGGAGAGAAACCCUAUGAAUGUAAUCAUUGUGGUAAAGCCUUUACAUGUCACAGUACCCGGCAAAUACAUGAAAGAAUUCAUACUGGAGAAAAACCAUAUAAAUGCAGUCAAUGUGGUAAAACCUUUGCACGUAAUAGCCAUGUUAAAAUGCAUGAAAGAAUUCAUACUGGAGAGAAACCCUAUAAAUGCAAUCAAUGUGGCAAAGCCUUCGCAUAUCACAGUCAUCUUCAAAGGCAUGAAAGAACUCAUACUGGAGAGAAACCUUAUGAAUGUAAUCAAUGUGGUAAAGCCUUUGCAUAUCGCAGUAGCCUUAGACUACAUGAAACAAGUCAUACUGGAGAGAAACCUUAUGAAUGUAACCAAUGUGGUAAAGCCUUUGCCUGUUCCAGCUAUCUUCAAAUACAUGAAAGAAUUCAUACUGGAGAGAAACCCUUUCAAUGUAAGCAUUGUUGUAAAACCUUUUCAUAUCGCAGUAGUCUUCACAUGCAUGAAAAAAAUCAUACUGGAGAGAAGCUCUUUGAAUGUAAGAAAUGUGGUAUAUCCUUUGCAUAUCUUGGUACUCUUCAAAAUCAUGAAAGAAUGCAUACUGACAAAAAGAAAAUUCCCCCAAAGGCUAAUAAAUGAGGUAUAGUAGUUCAAACCACAUUCAUUUUCUCCACUGACUUCUCUUACUGGUGCUUGAGUAUCGGUACAAUUAUUACAUCAUUAAAAUGUUGUCUCCUUUUCAAAUUGCAAACAUAUUGUCAUCUAAGGAUAAAGGAAUCCAUUGUCUCAUGACAAUUUAAAUAGUAAAAUCUUUGUGUAAAUGAAAAUGUUAUUUAUGUUGUCAUUAUUUUUUGUAUUACAUAAGUUUAUACUAAGGAAAAUAUACUUGUUCUUAACAUUUUCUCAGAAUCACAAAUGAAUAACAGAGAAUUAUCUCAAGGAUUGAAGGUGGUUGCUGCUAAGCUUGUUGACCUGACUUCAUUCUCUUGGAUAGCUACAUUACUCAUUGCAAGUUUUUCUCUGAAUAAUAUACUUGGGCUUUAUGCAUCCCAACACACCACAUUGUAACAUAAAUAUUGUUGAAAAUAAAAUAAAGCCAAUGAGUUCUCUCACCAGUUUAGGGCACUUGCUGCCAAAUUUAACUAGAUUGGUGUGGUCUCUCUUUUGCACAUAGAGAAACUAGAGAAUAGACACCCAUAAGAUGUUCACUAACUAGUAUCUGUACACCAUUGUACAUGUGUAUACACACAGUUUAGAAAUUUUAAAAAGAUAAAAUUAACAAAACAAAGAGAUUAACCAAAAUAUUGAGAACAUAGGACCUUACUUACCUGUUACAGUUAAUACAUUGUAAAAUUCCAAGAAGUAUUACUGUUCAAAACACUGAGGGUUCCUGUUUAACUCUUACAUUAUCCUUUCAUUAUCUGCUUCAAAGAUAGGUCAUUUUAAGAACACAUGUGAUCUAAGUAGAGUGGUGCAUACAUGAGGUGAAUCAUGAAGAGAGGUGUCUGGUGAAAUGAUCCAUCGUUUCCAGGCAUUGCAAUACUAGGACUGUAUGUGUGAACCAGAGUAUAUGUUCAGAUAUUGAGCAUAACAUUGUAAAGCAAUGUGAAUCAUGUGUAAAUCUAUUUCAUUGAAGAACCUGAAUAGGUAAAAAUCAGUGAAGCUUCUCUAGAAAUCAGGGCGCCCUUGCCUACUUUUGUGCCAUCUAUAAGUACUAUUUGUGCAGAAAGUAUCUGCUGAAGCCUGAAACAUCUAGGAAAUAGACUAGCAUGUUUUUAUACAAAUCAAUAGGUUCACCGAAAGAAAACUAAUUAUCAGCUUGGAAGGGUUAUAUGGAAAAAGCCGUGCUAUCAUCUGAAGCAUUCACUAAAAUUUACAACUGUUUUUAUCAUAAGGAAUAAAAAUU